AUGAAGUACUUCGAGUUUCUAAGCAUGUCAUCGGUGGGCCUCAGCAUAGCCUGUGUAGACCUAUUGAUAGCCCUCAGCGUUCUAGUACCGUCUAGCUAUUACCUGUACUACGAUUUUAUGGAUAUUGAAAUAUGGGAACAGGAUAGCGAAGUAGCUUUGUCUCCCAUUGGAACCUUUUUUUCCACAUUAGUGAAUUAUCUGUGGGUACGAGAGUUUUCCCAGGUUUUCUACAUGACAGCAACGUUUAUAAUUUGGGUAAAGGCAUUGAUAAAUUUAAUGGUGGCCUGCCUUCUUGUCGAUGGCAUCAAACAGAAACGACUCGUAUGUAUUGCUCCCUGGUUGAUCAAUGCUGGUCUUUCAAUGGCCGUUGAAACGGGCAUUUUUGUAAGUCUGGAGCUCAGAAUUGAUGAACUUGAUGCCGCAGUGGAUCGCCGGAUAGCGAGGAGCCUAAUCUUUGGAAUAUUUUUAGUACUGAAUGCGCUAUUUUCUUAUGGCAUCCAUGCACUCUACCGGAAGCUAAAAUCUGCGCCCAGUGAGAAUAUGGAGGUCAUUCCCCAGAGUCCUCACACAUUCAGCGCCUGAAAUUAUUUUGAUUCUCCGUAUAUCCUUAAAGGUUUAACUUAAAGCCCUGGUCCGGGAAUAUAUGUUUUGCAAUAAGUAAAUAAAAAUAUAUUUGGAAACUA